AUGAGUUAUAAACAAAACUCUUGGGUUACAGUAUUCUUACUUACUUAAUUAUUUAUAUCGUUUAACGUUCACUACGGGGUAGCCGUUUGCAGAGCUGCCACCAUAUUUGUUUAUGUGUCGGGCCCAUGGACCUAUGAUCAAUCCACUUUGUUGCACCAUGAUACAGGCAAAUAUAGCGUUCCGGCUUCGAUGGGCUGCGUUGUCUCGCUCCUCCUUGACUAUGAUCCUGCGCGUGUUCCGCCUAAGGGUUAACUUCCCCUGGUGUGCUGAGAAAUAAAACUUCGAGCCUCUUGAUGUACUUGGAGCAGUGCCUCUACUUUAUAUGCCAGAGUUAAACCGCUAUUGCUGUACAAAAGAAGUUCUCACUCCCCCCUCUUUAAAUUGGAACAAAAAAUUUUGUUUCAAUUUAAAGGGGGUUAAGAAAAUUUUUUGAAAAAAAAAUCAAUAUAAAAUGUUUUUAUAAAAAAAAAAAAAUUUCUAAAAUUUGUUUAAUGAAAUGCUAUUUACUCUUUAUCCUUAAAAAUUAAGCAAUAUAUAACUAAAUUUUUAUUAUUAGUUAAUACACCACUAUUAAUUGGAAUCAAAACUAUUUGCACAAAUUAUUAUUGUUAUUGAUAUAGCUUCUUUCGCGUUUUUUCAGUAUUAUUAUGGAAGAUCUAUCUUUGAGGGCAAGACUAGCUUCUUCUACAUUUUUUAUUUUCUUGGACUGUUUAGAUAAGCUAAGACCUUUUAACGAUCAAUUAAUUUAAUUUUAAAACGUUUUAAACCAAGAAAAAGCUUUUAAUUCGUUAAGGAAGGCUAUUUUUCAGCGCUCAUGCUUAAUGCCCUUCAUUCAUGCGAGUAAUGGUCCUGGAGCUCGAAAUAAGGAGAUCUGCAAUGAGGAAACACUCUAAUGGGCUCAUGGCAGCAAUAUUGGUGUACGGGCUGGGGAGCAGCAAACAGUAUGUUAAGUCCCGGCCUGCUUGUGAAAUGCCUGGAAGGAAGUAGUCGAUGUAGGCUAAAAGUGCAUAUAAGCUUCCUUUGCCAUGAUUUUCGGCUGCUUGAGAAAGCAAGACUAUCAUAGUUGCUACUUCUUGGCUUACUGGGGGUUCGGUGUGUUGGCUUCAUUAUUAUGACAUUUUUAGCAAACCUAAUUUUUUGACAAGUCUAAGUAAAAAUAGCAAAUUAUUAUGGAGGCCAACACAACAAUUAUAGAUGCCACUGCGAUUAUUAAAAAAAAUUAAAAGAAAUAUCUAAUAAAAGGCUUGCAAAGGAAGAUUUUUAGGAUUAGUUAAUAUUUAUAUGUAUUGAAUUUUAUAUUGCUAAAAACCAUCUUUGUUUUUAAUUUUUAAUAUUAAGAGAUUAAUCUUAUAGACUCAAAAGUGGGUGAGCCUUCAAGGGUAAUUGAUGCACAUCUCAAUCGUAUGCUUACGUGGUAAUAUUAGAGACAAACUCAUAAAGACUUGGAGGAAUUUAACUUUUUAUAAUUCUGAAGGCCAUCUUUAUUAUAAAAUAUUCAAUAAUAGUCUAUAUCGUUGGAGACUCAAAAGUGGGUGACGCCUUCGACGGGAAAUUUAAGUAGAUCUAGUAGCGUGCCUAUAGUAAGAAUAUCAGAGGUAAACUUAUAAAGACCUUGGAGAAAAUAUUUAAAUUUCAUAAUGUCCCUCUUUUUAUUGAAAAAUUUCAUUGCAAUUGAUGAAGCUUAUAAACUUGAAAGUUGGCGAUGCCUUUAAGGGGAAAUUAAAUCAUGUUUAAUAGCAAUCUUACAGUAGUAAUAUCAGAGGUAAACUCAUAAAGACCUUGGAGAUAUUUUUCAAUUUUUUAUAUUAUCAUCGCGUUCAUCUUUAUUGAAAAUUUAAAAAUCAUUGAUCAAGCUUAUAGACUAAAAAGUGGGCGCCGCCUUUGAAUGAAAGUAAAGCAUGCUUAAUAGCAUUCUUAUAGCAGCAAGAUCAGAGGCAAACUCAUAAAGACCUUGGAGAAAAUAUUUAAUUUUUAUGAUAUCCAUCUUUAUUGAAAAAUGUCAUAGCAAUUGAUGAAACUCAUUGACUCAAAAGUGGGUGAUGCCUUUGAGGGGAAAUUAAAGCUUGUUUAAUAGCAUUCUCCGAGUGGCAAGAUCAGAGGUAAACUUCUAAAGACCUUGGAGAAAUUUUCAAUUUUAUAAUGGCGCGAAGUCCAUCUUUAUUUAUAAAUUUAACACUAUUGAUGAAUCUUAUAGAUUCAAAAGUGGGUGACGCCUUCGAGGGUGAAUUUAAGCAGAUCUAAUAGCGUGCCUAUAGCAAGAAUAUUAUUGGUAAACUCAUAAAGACCUUGGAGAAAUUUUCAAUUUUAUAAUGGUGAAGACCAUCUUUGCUGAUAAAUUUCAUUAUUAUAGAUGAAGCUUAUAGAGUCAAAAGUGGGUGAUGCCUUUGAGGGAAAAUUGAAGUAGAUCUAAUAGCGUGCCUAUAGUAAGAAUACCAGAGAUAAACUCAUAAAGACCUUGGAGAAUAUUCAAUUUUAUAAUUGUGAAGACCAUCUUUUUUAUAAAUUUAACACAAUUGAUAAAGCUUAUAGGCUCAAAAGUGGGUGAUGCCUUUGAGGGGAAAUCGAAGCACGUCUAAUCGCAUUCUUAUAGUAAGAAUAUCAGAGCUAAACUCAUAAAGACCUUGGAGAAAUUUUCAAUUUUAUAAUGGCGAAGGUCAUCUUUGUUGAAAAAAUUUAAAUUGUACUACAGCAAAUCAAAUUUAUUAAUAGUAAGAGUUAAGGAAAUAGAUUAAUUACCCUUAUUUAGAUAUAAAUCCAUCUCUAGCCAAGUUUAUUUGAUUUGUAAUCAAUUGUUCAGUAUUUUCUAAGAGUAUGCUUGUACAGCGAGUUCUAGCCAUAAUGGUAUUAUUAUAAUCUGUUUAUUAUUAAAAUUUUGAUAAAAAGCCCCCAAUUUAGUUUACAUUUUUAUUUUUACUUAGACUUGUCAAAAAAUUAGGUUUGCUAAAAAUGUCAUAAUAAUGAAGCCAACACACCGAACCCCAGUAAGCCAAGAAGUAGCAACUAUGAUAGUCUUGCUUUCUCAAGCAGCCGAAAAUCAUGGCAAAGGAAGCUUAUAUGCACUUUUAGCCUACAUCGACUACUUCCUUCCAGGCAUUUCACAAGCAGGCCGGGACUUAAACAUACUGUUUGCUGCUCCCCAGCCCGUACACCAAUAUUGCUGCCAUGAGCCCAUUAGAGUGUUUCCUCAUUGCAGAUCUCCUUAUUUCGAGCUCCAGGACCAUUACUCGCAUGAAUGAAGGGCAUUAAGCAUGAGCGCUGAAAAAUAGCCUUCCCUUAACGAAUUAAAAGCUUUUUCUUGGUUUAAAACGUUUUUAAAAUUAAAUUAAUUGAUCGUUAAAAGGUCUUAGCUUAUCUAAACAGUCCAAGAAAAUAAAAAAUGUAGAAGAAGCUAGUCUUGCCCUCAAAGAUAGAUCUUCCAUAAUAAUACUGAAAAACGCGAAAGAAGCUAUAACAAAUAAAAAUUAAAAAAAAAUUUUAGAAAUUUUAUCGAUCAAAGUGCUAAUUUUGUGUAAAUAAAAUGUUAUUUAUACUCUAUUCUUUAAAAUAAAGCAAGAAAUAAGUAAAUUUUGAAAUUUUAUAAAGAAUUCGCAUUGAAUUUAUAUCAAAAUUAUUUAAAUAAAAAAUAUCAUUUUUAUUAAAAAAAAUAAAAAAUUUUUGAAAAUUAAAUGUAUUUAAAAAUUUAGCAAUUUAAGGAUAAUAAAUUUAUUUAAAUAAGAUGCUCUUUAUACUCUCUUCUUUAAACAAGAGCAAGAUAUAACUAAAUUUUUAAUUUUUGUUAAGAAGAAACAUUUAACUUAUAUCAAAACAUUUUAGAUAAAAAUUAUAUAUAAUUUUUUUUAUUAUAAAAUUAAAAUUUUCUUCCAAUUUAAAGGGGGGUUAAUUUAUCAAAAAAGCGAAAAUUUUACCUAUAUUUUGUUCCAAUUUAAAGGGGGGGAGUCAGAAGAAAACCUAACCCCCAUAUAUAAAAUUGCUUGAGGAAGAGAAAAUUAGUGGAGAGAAAAUUAGCGGAGCAAAUUUCGCUCUAACCGAAUGCCAUUUUAUUUAUGGGGUUACAGUAUUCAGGUAAAUCAUAUUUAGCAUAUGAAACACAAUGAUAGGGUCUACAGUUCUUACGAUGCCUUGGGGAAUGGAUCAGGCUGGAGUUCUGGCAGGAAUGUGUAUACUAUAAUUUAAUACAAAUUUUUUCUUUUAUAACAGAUAGCUUUUAUAUUAAUUUAUUAAAAUUUACCAUAAUUUUUAAGCAGUGAUGAUCAUAGGGAUAGGUGUGCUGUCUCUUUAUACCUGCUCUUUAAUUAUGAAAGUCUGCACUCGAUACAAGUCCGACGAUGUUGUAGAAAUGGUUUCCCGCAUGUGGGGGAAGAAAGGGCAAGUUGCAUCGCUCUAUAUGUCUUGCUUAGUUAUGUUAGGUGCUUCCAUGGUGUACAAUGUGCUGAUGAAUAGUUCGUUUUAUGACAUUAUUGACGGGAUUUCUUUGUGGACUACUGAUAACGAUAUAGGCUGCAAAACCUGCUGGAGUGGAUUUUCAAGCAGGUAUACACCUUUUAUAUUAAUGGGCUGCUUAAUGGUCAUGGUUAAUAUAAAAGAGAAGCAGAAAAUCGUGAAAAUCAAUUCGUUAGGCAUCUAUUUCGUGUUGACAAUCACAAUUUUCUUGAUUUUUGUAGGACUCAGGGCAAUAACUCUCGAUACCUUCACAACUGACUCAGAACAUAUCCCAGAUUCUGACAAAAAAUGCCACCAUGAUUGGAAUUGCCUUAAACACAACCAUAAGGUCGAAAUUGACCUUGUUAAGCCAAAUUUCCUGCUUCUUUCAGGAAUUCUUACACUUUCAUAUUUCAUUCACAACUGUAUUGUGAUCAUUAUGAAAAACAAUGCAGAGCCAGAAAAGAACGGCAGAGACUUGAGCUUGGGAUACUUAGCUGUAGGUGUCUGCUAUUUUCUGAUAGGAACUCUUGGAUAUUUUGGAUUCAAAGGGAAUGGAUUCACCCAAGACAUAACCCAGAACGCGUUAGACAUGUUUGCUUCUACAAACAUAUUAGCUUUCAUUAUGAGAAUUGUGCUUUUCACCCAGAUGUUCACAGUUUACCCAAUGAUUAUGUUUUUAGUCCGAUCACAGUUUUUUGGGUAUUAUUAUGGAACGGAUUAUCCUUCUCGAAAGCACAUUUUCAUAUAUAGUUUACUCUCCCAGUAAGUGAGACAACAAAACCAUUGGAAAAAUUCUUAUUUUUAAGGUACAAAUACCCUCGGUUCGCAAACAAAAAUUUUUUUAGUAUAAAAAAAUUUUUAUGAAAAAAUAUGUAAUAAUUAUUGUAAUGAAAUAUUUACUCCCCCCCCUCCGUGAGUGAACAAAACCAUUAGAAAAAUCCCUAUUUUUGCCCAAAAACCCACCCUCCGUGAGUGAACAAAAUUUUUUUAAUAGAAAAUUUUUUUAUGGAAAAAAACUUUGAUAUAUAAAUGAUAAUUAGUAUAAUGAAAUCUAGAGCUAAUUCUGUUUAAUUUUAAACGAAUUGCUUUUUAAAACAUAAAUUUUAUAAAUUAAAUUAAUUUUUGCUUUCCAAUUUUCGCGAAUUAGGAUUUUUUUUAAAUUUCGAAAAAAAAACUUUUUUAUAAAAUUUAUAUAUAAAUUUUUUUAAAAAACAAAAAUAAAAUCCCUCUCCGUGAGUGAACAAAAUUUUUUUGUUCACUCACAGAGGGGGGGGGAGUUAGCAAAUUCUGUUUAAUUAAUAGCUUGCAUUUUAGAACAUAAAUUUUUUACAAAUUAAAUUAAUAUUUACUUCAAAUAUAUUUUUAAUUAGGGUUUUUGUAAAUUUUGAAAAAAGCAAAAAAAAAAAUUAAAGGAGGGGAGUUAGUUGUGUGUUCAGCAACCACACUGAUUGCGUCAGUUUAUCCUAGUGUUGGAGUUAUUGCUGGAAUUGUUGGAGCUUUCUGUGGACUAUAUUUUGUGUAUAUAUGACUUAUCUAGAUAAAACGGCUUAAAAUUUAUGCCUAGAUGGCCUAAAUUUUAGAAAGAAUAAAUUAUUUUUUGUGAUAAAUUGGGCCAGUUUAUUAAAGGGAUAUAGUUCCAGUCUGCUUAUAUCUUUAUUACUACGAUGACGAUGCUCGAGUAAAAGUCCAAGAAGAGCAUAGCAUGCAAUUGAUGGAUGAUAAGGAUAUGCAAGCCACUGAUGCCAUUUCAAAUAGUGACCUGAAAGAAGAUCUAGGUAAUAGAAGGAAUCAUAAAAUCAAAUGGACAACUAAAAAAUUGCUCCAUUUAUCUAUUUGUGUUUUUGGAGUUGCGGUAUUAUUAUUCCAAUUCUUAACAGUUUAA